AUGGCGUUGCCCAUGCCGCCUGUAAAGCGUGUGGAUACGGUUGAGCUGGCCUUCUCUGGUCUGGUAAACUACUCAUUGUUGGAAGUUGCUCUCCUGGAUGUGCUGGUUAUCAACCCUGCAGAUGUGUGUGUGACGUUUGUGGUGGUGCGGGGGCUGCCGUUUGAGUUCCCAGAGAGCCUGCUCCGCCGGUUCUUCGGGGGAUAUGGGAGUGUUCUCGCCUGUCGGGCGAAUGUGCUGAAGUCUGGCCGUCUUCGUGGCGUCCUGAUUGGUACCCGCACGAUUACCAUGAAGCUGAGGAAGGCGAUCCCGUCAUCGAUGGUGUUGCUGGGGUUCAAGGAGGAAGACAUACUGCCGGUAACUGUGGCUUGCACCCGACGCUGUGCCAGCGCUGUGCCGACGCUGUGCCGACACUGUGCCAGCGCUGUGCCGACGCUGUGCCGACACUGUGCCUGCGCUGUGCCGACGCUGUGCCGACACUGUGCCAACGCUGUGCCGACGCUGUGCCAGGGCUGUGGCGACACUGUGCCAGCGCUGUGCCGACACUGUGCCAGCGCUGUGGCGACACUGUGCCAGCGCUGUGGCGACACUGUGCCAGCGCUGUGCCGACACUGUGCCAGCGCUGUGGCGACACUGUGCCAGCGCUGUGUCGACACUGUGCCAGCGCUGUGGCGACCCUGUGCCAGCGCUGUGCCGACACUGUGCCAGCGCUGUGCCGACACUGUGCCAGCGCUGUGUCGACACUGUGCCAGCGCUGUGGCAACACUGUGCCAGCGCCGUGUCGACACUGUGCCAGCGAUGUGUCGACACUGUGCCGACACUGUGCCAGCGCUGUGUCGACACUGUGCCAGCGCUGUGCCGACACUGUGCCAGCGCUGUGGCGACACUGUGCCAGCGCUGUGCCGACACUGUGCCAGCGCUGUGGCGACACUGUGCCAGCGCUGUGGCGACACUGUGCCAGCGCUGUGCCGACACUGUGCCAGCGCUGUGGCGACACUGUGCCAGCGCUGUGCCGACACUGUGCCAGCGCUGUGUCGACACUGUGCCAGCGCUGUGCCAGCGCUGUGCCGACACUGUGCCAGCGCUGUGGCGACACUGUGCCAGCGCUGUGUCGACACUGUGCCAGCGCUGUGUCGACACUGUGCCGACACUGUGCCAGCGCUGUGUCGACACUGUGCCAGCGCUGUGGCGACACUGUGCCAGCGCUGUGCCGACACUGUGCCAGCGCUGUGUCGACACUGUGCCAGCGCUGUGGCGACACUGUGCCAGCGCUGUGUCGACACUGUGCCAGCGCUGUGCCGACACUGUGCCAGCGCUGUGGCGACACUGUGCCAGCGCUGUGCCGACACUGUGCCAGCGCUGUGUCGACACUGUGCCAGCGCUGUGGCGACACUGUGCCAGCGCUGUGCCGACACUGUGCCAGCGCUGUGUCGACACUGUGCCAGCGCUGUGCCGACACUGUGCCAGCGCUGUGGCGACACUGUGCCAGCGCUGUGUCGACACUGUGCCAGCGCUGUGUCGACACUGUGCCAGCGCUGUGGCGACACUGUGCCAGCGCUGUGUCGACACUGUGCCAGCGCUGUGUCGACACUGUGCCGACACUGUGCCAGCGCUGUGUCGACACUGUGCCAGCGCUGUGGCGACACUGUGCCAGCGCUGUGUCGACACUGUGCCAGCGCUGUGUCGACAUUGUGCCGACACUGUGCCAGCGCUGUGUCGACACUGUGCCGACACUGUGCCAGCGCUGUGUCGACACUGUGCCGACACUGUGCCAGCGAUGUGUCGACACUGUGCCGACACUGUGCCACCGCUGCCCUGAUGUGUAAUAUAAUACAGCAGAGUGAAGAAACAAUGAAUAGAAGAUCGUUUACAUCUGUAGUUAACUGA